AUGGGUCAAGCUUAUUCAGGAAUGGCGGAUUCUCUUCCAGUAAAAGUUCCCGCAAUCUAUAGCCGUAAUCAAAAUGUGAAUCAUAAUGGACAACAAUCACCGAUUGCGCAAGACGAGAAAUUUGCCUAUGGAACUGCAGGAUUCCGGAACAAUGCAGAUAAGCUGACAUUUAUUGUAUUUCGAUGCGCAUAUCUUGCCGGAUUACGUGCCAGACAACAAAAUCAAACAAUUGGAUUGAUGAUUACCGCAUCACACAAUCCUGCUUGUGACAAUGGUGUGAAAAUUGUUGAUCCAAAAGGAGAUAUGUUGGCUGCAGAUUGGGAGAAGUAUGCCACUGAACUUGUUAAUUCAACUGACGAUCAAUUUCCAACUGCUGUUCGAGCUCUCGAAGUUAAAGUCAACAAAACAUUUGCACCAAAUGCUAAAGUUGUUUGUGCUAUUGAUACUCGCGAAAGUGGAAAACAUCUUAUGAAUGCUGCCAAAGCCGGAGUCGCUAUAUUCAACGUCGAAUUUGAGAAUCACGGUAUUCUAACCACACCACAAUUACAUUAUUUGGUAAAAUGCAACAAUGAACCAAGUUUCGGAAGACCCUCUGAAUUUGGAUAUUAUUGCACAUUGGCUAACGCUUUCAAGAAAUUGCAUCAUGUAAGUUUCAUUUUUGAAAAUAUCAAAAAAGGAAAAAUUUCGAAAUUUUGUAAUAUUACAGUUGACCAAUGAACCGGAAGAAUCAAAUUAUUCGAAUAAAUUGGUAUUGGAUUGUGCAAAUGGUGUUGGUUUCCCACGUUUUCAAGAUCUUCUUCAACUCAUCGAUGAACGUUAUUUGAAUAUCGAAUUCCGCAACGAAAAUGGUGAAUUGAAUUUUGGAUGUGGAGCAGAUUUCGUUAAAAUCUCACAAGUUCUUCCGGCAAACUUCAACUCAAAUGAUGAAAAAUGCGCAUCUUUUGAUGGUGAUGCAGAUCGUCUCAUCUACUUCAAGCCAACUUCUGAUAACAAAAUUAAUCUGUUGGAUGGUGACAAAAUCGCUGUUCUACUUGCAACUUAUAUCAAAGAUCAAUUGAAAAACAUUGAAACUGAUUUAACAUUUGGAAUUAUUCAAACAGCAUAUGCAAAUGGUAGUUCAUCUCGUUAUAUCGAAGAAAAACUUGGAGUUAUUCCUGAAAUUGUUCCAACUGGUGUUAAAAACCUGCAUCAUGCUGCAAUCAAAUAUGACAUUGGAGUUUAUUUUGAGGCAAAUGGACAUGGAACUGUUGUUUUUAGUGAGAAAUUCGAUGAAGUCAUUAGAAGGUUGGUUAUGAAAUUUGAUUUACCUGUUCAAUAAACAAGUUUUCAGAAAUUCGUCUGAAAAUCUUUCGAUUCAACGUCUCCAAUUGAUUUCUCGCGUUAUCAAUGAAGUUGUUGGCGACGCUUUUGCCGAUUUAUUGGCUGUUGAAAUUGUUUUAAGACAUUAUGGUUGGUCAAUUGAAGAUUGGAAUGAAAAAUUGUAUAAAGAUGUUCCAAAUAUUCAAAUAAAAGUUCCCGUAAGCUUCUUAAACCAUAUUAAAAUUGAAAAACAAUAUAUUUUGCAGGUCGAAGAUCGUUCAAUCUUCAAAACCACUUGGGAAGAAACCACUCUCAUCGAACCUUCUGGAAUCCAAGAUUUGAUAAACGCCGAAGUUGAAAAAUAUUCGAAUUCUCGCGCAUUCAUCAGACCAUCUGGAACAGAAAAUAUUGUUCGUGUUUAUGCAGAAGCCGAUACUGUUGAAGAUACUGAAAAACUUGGAAGAAGUCUCGAAAAUAUUGUCAAAUCACUUUAA